GCCCCUCCUGGAAGUUUUUCGGUUUUCCAUUUCCCAUCUUAGACUUAGGAGAAAUUUCUCAUGACCCGCCUCUCCCUUCCACCCAUCAGCCCAAGUCCAGCCCCCUGCCCAUUCGGUCCAGGGUCGCAGAACCUCUCGGACACGUCCCAGAGAGCUGCGUGCUUACUGCAGCGGAGAGCGGAGGAACACACCGCGGGGCGGAGGGAUACAGAGAGCCGAGGGACGACCCCCGCAGAAAAACAGCGAGACGGGGAAACACUCCGAGAGAAGAGCAAAAAAUCUGAUGGUCUUCUGCACCUGAAACCUGCAGUGAUCUCCAGCCAUGAGUCCCCACUGCAGAGUUAACUUCAACACUAUGAUUCUCCUGGUUGUCCUGCAAGGGGCAGCAGUGGUAAUGUUCUGCAACUGGUACAUCCAGUUAAGCCCCUGUGACUCUGUUCCCCCUAAAGGCAAAAUUCAUGUGUUGCUGCUGUCGUCAUGGCGAUCAGGUUCAUCCUUCCUGGGUCAGGCUUUCAGUCAGCACCCAUCUGUUUUCUAUCUCAUGGAGCCCGGUUGGCACGUGUGGACCAAACUGCAGAAACCUGGUGCACGAGUUCUUCGUAUGGCUGUGAGGGAUCUGAUGCGGAGCUUGUACCAGUGUGACUUCUCAGUAAUGGAUGCCUACAUGCCGGAAAACUACAAUGUUUCCACCUUGUUCAUGUGGUACCAGAGUCGGGCGCUGUGCUCGCCCCCAGCCUGCCCCCUCACACCACGCACACAGAUAAGCAAUGAGACUCAGUGCCAAAAAAAAUGUGAUUCUUCAGGUUUUCAGAAGGUGGAGGAGGCAUGUCACACUUACAGUCAUGUGGUUCUAAAAGAAACUAGAUUUUUUGAGCUGGAGUCUCUUUAUCCUCUUCUGCAAGAUCCCAACCUGGACCUCCGCAUCAUUCACCUCAUUAGAGACCCCCGGGCCGUGAUGAGGUCGAGAGAGGAAUCAGCCAAAGCCUUUGACCGAGAUAACGCCAUUGUCCUGGAGCAGAGAAACGUUCCAGCAGCCAACGUGCAGUAUGAAGUCAUGCAGGAGAUUUGCAGGAGCCAUGUUCGGAUCAAUGAAAGGGCGAUGCAGAAGCCUCCUCCGUUUCUGAAGGGUCGCUACAAAAUGAUCCGGUAUGAAGACGUUGCACGCAACCCUUUGAAGGAGAUCAAUGAUAUUUAUGACUUUGUAGGUUUAGAGAUGACCGGUGAGAUGGAGGAAUGGAUCUACAGAGUAACCCACGGAAAGGGGAAAGGCAGCAGGAAAGAGGCUUUUCAGAUCACCUCUAGGAAUGCUGCUGAUGUCUCCCAGGCAUGGCGCACCUCGCUUCCCUAUAACAAGGUCAAACGCGUUCAGGAGAUUUGUAAAGGGGCCAUGUCACGCCUCGGUUAUAGGACUGUUGACAGCGAUAAAGAGCAGAAGAGACUGGACAUAGAUCUGCUGGUUCCACAGGAACCAUAUGAGUUCAGCUGGGUUCCUGCUAAAACUCAACUCUCAGGAAACAGCUAGAGUCUGUCAGUUAGAUCAUUGCCAGACUAGUUAAC